AUGGCGGGGAUGGCGGAGGGGCGGUCGGCCGUUUCCUCAGAGGAGGGAGAGGGGGCCUGUGGCGGAGACCCCCGCGUGCGCUGCUCCUCCAAAGGCGCCGUGAGCGCCGUGCUGGACCUGUGCGGCCCCUUCGUGGGCCGGCUGGCCGCCGACCUGCCCCAACGCCUCCGGGACCGGGCGCUCAGGGACGCGCACUGGAAUUUUGUAACCGCUGUGAAAGAGAACGUCCUUAUUAAUGGGCAAGCAUGGCAAGAAACUUCAGAUGAAGAACUUCCUGAAGAUUUCAACAUUAAAAUUCUUGAAGAUCAAUUGGAUGAAGUUAUAGUAGAAACAGCUAUGAAGCGUAAGCAGUGCCCCAGGAAGAUUCUGGAACAGGUCAUCAAAAUUACAAAAGCACAACAGGAAAUUUUGAAUCAGUACCAGCCUGUUGUGCAUCCAGAGACCAUAAAGCCUAUCUCUUCCCAAGCUCAUCUGGAAGAGUUGAAGCGUGUAGGAGAAGUAUCCAAGCAAGUUAAUGAGGCAAUGAAGGCCUUGCCAGCACUGAUUGAACGAGCUGAUGGAUUUUCCCAAGUUUUAACUCUGCAGCCGGUGUUAGAACUGCAGAGGCUCCACAAAGAAAUAUUUUCGGGCUUUAACGUCAAGGAACCUGCAAAAGCUGAUAUUCUAACGCAAAUAGAAACCACCCCAACGGAGUCUGCCUCUAGGGAAGCCACCGACGUAGGACUGAAAAGGAGGAGACUUGUAACUUCUCCGCAGAGAAAACGAUAUGCAGUGCAACGCAAGAAAAUUAAUCUUAACACAUAAAUAUAUGAGUUUCCUUUGCCUAGCAGAAAUUGGAAUCUUUCACUAUCCAGCGUGAAGCCACCUUCUUAGACAGGACUUCAUUUUUUAAAGUAAAUAACCUAUUCCUUUCACGGUAACUCAUUUCAAUAAACAUAGUAGCUGUAUUAUAGCUAUGAUACACUGUCUGUGGCCAGUUAUUGCCACUUUGCCACUACUCUACAGUGGUAAAGACUAUAUUUUUCUGGGCAUUGGCAUGGUGCCCAUUGGUAGGCAAGUAGUAUUAGUGCAAAUCUGUUGUAACUUCUCUGCCCUCCGACCUUUAGAGCAUCUCAUCAGAAGGGUCCGCUUUUAUGUAUGAUGUCUUUCUGUCAAAUGGCUCAACACCCUCAAACUUGCUUUCCCUGCUGAAAAGGCCUCAUUGGGUUCUACACAGCAGGUGUAGUUUUGAUAUAACAAAAUAAUAUGCAGAUGGCAAAAUUGGCUCUUUCGUUUAAAUCAGUAGUAACAGUUUGGAUUUGGCUUAAUCUUAGAAUUCAUGUUUUUAUGGAAGCAGUAAUGUGGUAACAUUUCAGUAAGAUACGACUUUAAGACCACCAGUGUUUUCUCAGUGAAUGAAAACAGUUUGAAUCCACUGUUUCCUGUGCUUUAUCUGCAUUUUCAUAUCAUCACAAUUUUAUUUUUAGCUUUCAAGCUUUUAACUGAAGAGAUAAACCCAACGGUCUGUCUGUAUUUGUGUAUGUGUAUUUCCAGUUCUGCUAUUUCUUGAGAGUAUAAUACUUUUUUGAUAACUGAUUCACGAUGAAGUCAGUGAAUAGCACGCUGAACUAUCUGACAUUUGAGGAUAGGUUCCUAGAAAAAAAAUCAUUGAUAGAAAACUUCAGAGAAAGUGAGAAAUUGAUUGGUGUGUUAUGUUUCGAGAGUCAGAGUUUUUAAGCAGUUCUGUAUUUCAGCUCUUAAUUGCAGUAGUUGGACCAUAGAAUAGAAUUUACCAGGUGCUGAACAGUGACUGUUGGCUGUCUCCAUCUUCAGAGGAUUUUCAAUGAUCAUGUAAAAAGGAAAAGAAAAGAGUAAUGCCGUCUCUGAGAGAAAAAAGUAUGUAAUUAAGAUAUGAUCUCAUGCUGUCACCUGCCAUAAAUUUCAGUGUUGUACAGAUUGUUUUUCUUUGUGACUGAAUUUCUAGUGAUUAUUUUAAUGCUUCCAAAAUUUUUUUAACAUUGCGCUUGAUCUGUAUAUUUGUACAUAGAAGAAACUUUUUUUAGUAUUAAACAAUAUUGCACAAUGA